AAGAAGAGCAGGCUAAGAAGUAGAAAUGAGCAAACGAUUGAAGUACGCCAAACUGCGGCUUGUCAAACCGCUCAAUGCAGCCGAUCCACCAUCGAUCGUAGUCCCUGUUAAGACUGAUGUUUGCACGGAUAGAACUGUGGUUGUAAAAACUUCCAACUUUUCUGAUACAGGGGCAAAAGAGUCAUGUACGAGUGAAGAGACAUUUAUACUAAUACCCUCUGAAAAUUCGGGUGAGAAUAAUGAAAUUACCAACGAGCAAAGUACACGACGAAAAACACAAAACCCGCCUAAUGCAUCUUCAAACGACGGUCCAAAGUUCCCCAAGCUUAAAAAGAAAUCCUGUGAAGGUAACAGACUGGUUAGUAAUUUUUUGAAUACGCAAACAAAUCAAACAGCUGAAGGAGACGAUGAUUUCGAAGAAUGCAAAUCCGGUCCAAGCUGGCAGUCGAAACAAACUAAAGUACAGAGGGUCACUCGGAAGAAAAUUAGCAAGGUUCCAAAACGGAUAAAGAAUCAAAGUGAUAUUCGAAAAGUAUUUAAAAAAUACAAAAGCGACCAUGAAGUACUGCAUGAACUUCUUAAAGAACAUAGCGCUUCUGAGCAAAUCGAUCCAGAGCAGUUACAAAUUGCGCUAGCUAUGUCGCGAUCACAGGUUGAUCAGGAAUGUACUGAGAAACCUAUGAUAAGUACGAAUUCUCCUAGCAAAGAUUGUUCAGCGCCAAGUGGUUCUGUUUCGUUAGAAGAGCGUCGCAUCGUUAGCAUUCGUACUACUUUGGAGCAGUUUGGGUUUCGGUGUAAAAACAGCUACACUGACUACGAUUUGAAUGUUAUCUUUGGCAGUGAAUCAACAAAGAAUGUGAAAAAAAUUAAGCAUAAACGAGCAACGAACUUGCAAUUUAGAAGUAAGGAGGAGUUGGAUGCUUUUAUAGACUGUCAAGUAAAGAAAUCAAUUCCUUUGAAAACGAUGGAAAGGACGUCUUAUGCUGGAACAUUGCAGGAAUUAAGAAGUAUCCAAUCUCACCUGAGCAAUCAUUUUUGGAUCGCGCAAACUGAACUAUCGAGCGAUUUAUUAAUGGAAAAGUAUUACGUUCCAGAGCUUUUAAAAGCUAACCCAGCUCCUGUGGGAUGCAUGUUGAAAGAUUGGAGUAAGAUUCCGGGUCGUGAGAGAACACCCGAACGAAAUAACGAUGCAGCGACGGGGAAGAUAUUUGUUCGAAUGAAUUCUCCUGAUAUGUUUAACGAUUCUGAGAUAAUCAACAAUACGACAGCAUGCGACACAAUCGAGGAACCUUUACUAAAUAAAGUUGAUGCUGAAGAGAAUCGACAGGAGUGUGGAAUGGAAAAUGAACAAAAAUUUUACUCACAGGAAGUGUUAGUAAUCAGUUCUCCAAAUGAAUCCAGUCACACAAAAUUAAAUGUCGCUUCUCGUGUUUCUUCAAUUGCCAUCGAUACGAAGUCAUCGAUUGACCAAACCGUAGGAAAGUACGAAACAAACUCCUGUCAUAAGGAUCAAAUCCCUGUGGUGGAUGAAAGUCGUGAAAAGCAAAGAGAAAUAGUUAUACUCGACGACAAUGUUGAAGAGAACAAAGGGAACUUUAAUACUGUGACGGCUAUCUCUCAGUGCCCCCAACUCGCCUUUCAUCACAGUUCGGAAAACAUAUUCGAUGAUACGGAUCCGAAUCCUAUGGUCAGCUUCGAAGUUUAUUCAAGUGAAGAAGAAAAGAUUUCUGCUGCUUCGCAAGUGCACGUGGAAAUGAUUUCAUCCAACGGUGAUAUUGGAUCUGCAGAAAUGGCACAGAACGAUAGCAGAAUGCAGAAUGCAGAUAUUGCUAGCAAACCUAUGAAAAACAGCAAUACUUCAAACGUCAUGGAAGCACGGUUUUCCUUUGAAAGGAAUCUUUCAUUCCAUCGACUCGCGAUUAAAGCACGUCUUAGUGAGGCUUUGGAAGGAAAGGAAGGAAAGAUAGCAACUGUUGAUUUAAUAGAAAAUGCUCAUGACUUCGGCAAAACAAUAUCGAAAUCCACAGAACUGAACGUAAAUACGCCGAUUUGGAAACCAUGUGCCCAUCCUAAUACUACAGGGGAUGAUGUGAUAUACAUUUCUGACGAUGAGGUGAAUUAUACUAUUUCUGAAUCAUUGCGAGUACCUACUGCAAGUGACAUUGAACCGGUUGAACCGGUAGAAAAAAUAGAACCUACAUCAAGAAAGGAUCUGGACAUGGCAAUUCCAAAUUACGCAGCUAAAUACACUAGGCAAAUGAGUCGAUCCUCUGCAGAAGAAGAACUUGAAAUGUUAACCAGUUAUUUGCAUGAUAACGACCAUGAACCAAUCGUCACAGAAAUCAACUGUGCGGAAAAUACGUUUGCUUACCUGGACCAUUUAGUGAAGCAAUUUAACUUACCUCCGUUAAAAUCAUCGCAAAACGUGCAUAAUAGUAAUGCAGAUCAGUGCGUAUUUAAUGAGACGGACGUGAAGGAGCUCGAAAACAAAAAAAGAAAAUUUGAAAACCAUAAGAGCCAUUAUGAGGUGAAUGAUGUAAUUGCAGCUGGAAGAGCUGGGUCUCAAACUCCCAUGAUCACUAGUAAUUUGAGUACUGGAAUCGAAUCCACGUCACCAAAAGUUCUGAGUGAAAUGAAAUCCUGUUCACAAUUUGAUUUACCUAGAGGUUGUUCAGCUUUGAAGCGAACUGCGUUAGAAGCAGGGUUCCCAUCGUCCUCGAUUCCGAAUGAAGGGCAAACUCAAAAUAAUUCGAUAGGCAGUAAUUUUGAAAACAAAUUUGAUGAGUUGAAAACGGUUGCUGUAAACAUGUCGGCAAAAGAAUAUGUCAUACGUACGUCGGAAGUUAAUCAGAAGCCUCCUGCGUAUGAAGAUAUGUCAACACCAGAAAUUGAACGUGAAUUGUUUAAGUACGGAUUAAAAGCAUUAAAGCGGAGUAAAGCAAUUCGGGUGCUGCAUUAUUUGUUUGAUGAGAUGCAUCCAUAUGUGAUGUUACUAGAAAAGCAUAACACAAUACUAAUGGAAGAAGAAAAGAGUCAUUGCAAUGUGAUAGAUGCUAAGAAGAAACAUAAGCAGAUUCAGACACCCGACAGUUCGGCUGUCUUAAUAUCUCCUCGAAAAUGUGCUUUCAAAUUGGAUCUUGAUAGCAUGCAUUUUUUCCUUCCCUCCAAACCAAGGCAAAAGAUGGCGUGGUGCGCUGUUCCGCUUCAUAUUUCUUUCUUCAAUUUAGUAUCGGAAAGCAACGUCUUACAGCGACAGAUUCUGCAGUACAAACCGUUUUAUCUAGAUGAGGUUAACGGGCUUCUUAAGCAAGCUGGUUUACGCUACGAAACAAAUGAUCUGAUUGCGUUUUUCGAUAAGCACUGCAUCGCAUUUCGGAUUGCUGCUUCUUGUGGAGAUGGCACAAGUGAAUAAAGUGUCAUAACGUUCAAUUGCUUUAGUAAGAGUGUUUGCAUUCGUAAAUAGCAUUAAAAGUUCACUCUGAUGAAACUUGAUCGGCGUAUCGACCGUAUUCAUUUCCAGGAUGAUCGUAAGCAUACACCACAAACACGCUUGUAUCUUUGGUGAAAAAAUGAAAAAAAGUUUGCCAAUCACUGUGCAAAUUUACUUAGUUAAUAUAACAUGCAAUAGA